AUGGUCUCUAAAAAUGUCAACAGAUUUGUGAGAAAAUUCCCUGGAUUCCAGCUUCUUACAAAUUCUAAUAACAAAAUUUGGAUUCUAUGCAGAAAAGAAGUCCUUUGCACUGUUCUUAUAGAUGGAGAUCAAUUCAUCCAUCUUCAACUCAAUUUCAGUUACUAUCAGGGAUUUGCUACCUUCAUUUAUGCUGGCUGUACAGCUACUGCAAGACUGAACCUUUGGCAAGGAUUAUUAGAGCUCAGUUCCUCUAUUAAGGAUUUCUGGGUUGUUGGUGGUGAUUUUAACAGCAUCUCUUCUCCCUGUGAGAAGAAGGGAGGGAGAUCUCCUGAUAUUAGUCGAAUCCCUCCACCCUUCCUGCUGACACUGAGACAACAGGGACUUGCUCAUCCCAAUUCCCUUAAUAGAGUUCUAGCCCUCAACAGGAUGUAUAAACCUUGGAUCAUUGCUCUUCUUGAACCAAUGGUCUCUAAAAAUGUCAACAGAUUUGUGAGAAAAUUCCCUGGAUUCCAGCUUCUUACAAAUUCUAAUAACAAAAUUUGGAUUCUAUGCAGAAAAGAAGUCCUUUGCAAUGUUCUUGUAGAUGGAGAUCAGUUCAUCCAUCUUCAACUCAAUUUCAGUUACUAUCAGGGAUUUGCUACCUUCAUUUAUGCUGGCUGUACAGCUACUGCAAGACUGAACCUUUGGCAAGGAUUAUUAGAGCUCAGUUCCUCUAUUAAGGAUUUCUGGGUUGUUGGUGGUGAUUUUAACAGCCUCUCUUCUCCCUGUGAGAAGAAGGGAGGGAGAUCUCCUGAUAUUAGUCGAAUUAACACUUUCAAUGAUAACAUUCAGUCUGCUGGGCUCUUUGAUUUGGGGUUCAAAGAUAGCACAAAGGUGGCUGGCCCUGAUGGAUUCUCUGCUGACUUCUACAAAAAGGCUUGGCAUGUUGUGAAAGGUGAUGUUAUUGCCACUGUCCAAAGCUUCUUCUGGGGGGCUGACCUUCCCAAAUACUUCUCCUCUUCAACCAUUACUUUAGUGCCUAAAGACAAAACUCCUUGCAAAUGGGAGGAUUUCAGACCCAUUAGUCUUACUUCUGUUAUCUCAAAGAUAAUCAGUAAAAUCUUGGUCCAAAGACUACAGCCCCAUCUAAACAAGCUCAUCAGCAGGAAUCAGUCUGCCUUCAUCAGGGAUAGAAAUAUUGUGGAUAAUGUGCUCUUGGCCCAAGAAUUGGUGCUGGACUUGGACAGAGUCACUAGAGGAGGCAAUCUAAUUUUCAAAUUAGAUAUCAAAAAAGCCUAUGAUACUAUAAGCUGGAGUUUCAUUGAACAGGUUUUGAUUGCUAGAGGUUUCUCAUCCUCCUUUGUCCAUCUGAUCAGCAGAUGGCUGUCAAACAAUUUCCAUUCAAUUCUCAUUAAUGGAUCCACUCAUGGGUUUUUCAGUGCUUCUAGAGGUAUAAAACAAGGUGACCCUCUUUCCCCUACCAUCUUUAUUCUAGCUUUUGACUACUUAUCAAGAAUUUUGAAUGAGAUGGCAUCCAGGAAACCCCAUUCUCUUUAUAGUCACAAAUCUUCCUUAUUAAUCAAUCACCUGGCCUUUGCUGAUGACAUCAUAAUCUUCACAAAAGCUUCCAAAUGUGCUGUCAAAAUUUUAUUGCAGAAUCUGGAGACUUUUCAGGAUGUUUCUAUUAUGGAAUUCAAUAAAAUGAAGUGCCUUUCCAUCUACAGUAAGCAGUGCAUCAAUGAGUUUAAAGACUGGGUUGCUGAUUUCACUGGUUUCAAAAACAGUAUCCUUCCUAUGAAAUAUCUGGGGGCUGUUCUUAUCAAAGGAAGAACUAAGAACAUCCAAUUUGAUCACAUAAUUGACAAGGUACAGAGUAAAUUGCAUGCUUGGGAGAAUUUCUUUUUAUCUAAUGGAGGUAGAAUUACACUUCUCAAAAGUGUUCUUUCUGCCUUACCAUCCUACUUACUACAAAUGAACAUUCUUAAAAAAUCCUCUCAGAAACUAUUAGAAGGUAUCUUUAAUAGAUUCCUAUGGGCUGGCCAUAGGAAGCAAAAACACUGGACCUCUUGGGCUAAGGUGUGUAAACCUGCUGAGGAGGGUGGAUUAAGAUUCAAGUCUUUCUCCCAAAUUAUGCACUCCAAUUUCUGCAAGCUAUGGCUCAGAUUUAGAUCUCAGUCUUCCUUAUGGGCUGAAUUCCUGUGGGGCAAAUAUUGCAGACAUCUUCACCCCACCCAAAUCUCAGUGGGUGUGGGGGAUUCUCCAAUCUGGAAAAGGAUGUUAAAAGUUAGACAGGAUGCUGAACAGUUGUUUGUCUGGGAACUUGGUGAGGGCUUGGUUAACAUCUGGUGGGAUAAUUGGUCAUUGGAUGGUUGCCUUAUUCAGGACCAGUUUGUCCCAGCUACCCCUAUGUUUGUGAAAGACAUCUGGGCUCUUGGCAAGUGGAACCUUGCUCCUAUCAUUCCUUUCUGUAGCCCAUCUCAAAUAAGCAAUAUUCAGAAGCUUACUAUCAAACCUGGGGUGAAAGACAAAAUUGUGGUUAGAAAGAACCCUAUCCCUUCUCAGCAACCCCAUCUGGUACACUGGGGUCACACCAUCUGGAAUAAAUUCCUUACCCCAUCCAUGUCCUUCUUCAUUUGGAGACUUUUCUCAAAAAUGAUUCCCACGGAUGACAUCCUAAAAUUGAAGGGUUUGAGGGGUCCUUCUAGAUGCUUUUUCUGCUUAUCUCAAGAGGAAACAAUUUCCCAUCUGUUCUUUGAGUGUCAUUGGGUACAGGAUGUUUGGUCAUUUGUGAUUGGUAAACUUAGAAUCCCAACCUUGCACCUCACAUGGAAGAUGUUCUAUACUAGCUGGGCUGAUUGGAGGGGUGCUGAACUCCAGGACAUCCCCAAUAUUGUGGCAUGGUUUGUGUGGAUGGCAAGGAACCAGGCAAAGCAUGAUAGCUCCCUUAUCGAUCCUAAGACGGUGGGUCUAAAUUGUAUUGCUUUCAUUCAAAAACUGAUCAACUUUAAAAAGUAUAAGACUGUGUUGGAGAUUGUUUCUUUUCUCAAGCCUCAAACUUCCAAAGUUGUGACUAUCUGCUGGACUCUCCCAAAGCUUGGUUGGAUCAAAAUUAACAUAGAUGGCAGCCAUAAAUCCCAGUCUGCAGGCAUUGGUGGGGUUUUUAGGAACCAUGAGGGGAAAUGCAUCUUAUAUUUCCAAUCUCCAAUCAAGGCUGUUGACUCACUUGAGGCAGAAUGUCAAGCAGUUUUCUGGGCCCUCAACUUAGCCAGAUCUUGCUUGCUUGAUCAGUUAUGGGUUGAAUCUGACUCCUUGCAACUUAUUAACAUCCUCCAUGGGAUCUCAAAAACUCCAUGGAAUUUAAUCUGCUGGAUGUCUGAUAUUCAUCAACUGCUUAAAGUUUGCUCUUUAAAGUUUUCUCAUAUUCACAGAGAAGGAAACAGACCAGCCAACUGGCUAGCUAGGAGGGGACUUUUUACAGAAGUUCCACUAUGGGCAGGCUGGCAGAAGUUUCUCUCAGAUCAGGGUCGUAAAUAUGCCCCGCAGAGCGGAGUAUUCGGUAGUCGUUCAUUACGAACGACUAUCAAGUCCCUUGCUGGAGUAGCUACCAUGGAGAGCAAACGGUUGGGCCCCUCCAUUGGAUCUCGUUUCACUAUCACGUUUUUACCUUUGCGUGACACAUUGUAUUGA